AUGGAUCGUUUGCCUAUUUCGCGUCCUAACGUGGUGGGUGCUGCAUCGUGUUGGGGUCCUCCACGCCCAUCCACGACGUUCGGGUCCUUCCAGGCAGAACAGACACGUCCGAAGGUCAAGAUGGACCCACCGCGGUUCGACGGGACAGAGGUUAAUAACUGGAUUCGCGGUAUUCAGUUUUAUUUUGAUCAUGUGGGAACUCCGGAGGCGGAGCGUUUACACUAUGUGAUCAUGUUAUUCGAACCGGCAAUCGCGGAUUGGAUAUGGAACUAUAUCUCCAGCCAUGAAUUUGUAACGUGGCCAGAAUUUUUGGAUGAUGUUCGACGACGCUUCGACCCCCAGUGCUACGUCAGCCACGUAGGCCUUCUCAAGAAAUUACAGACUAAGGUUGUCGGUGUCCCUGACCACGUUUUACUUGAUUUGUAUGUUGCCGGACUGAGGCAACCGAUACAGGACGAGGUCCUCCUACACCACCCCGCUUCCCUUGCGGCAGCCUUUGCUAUGGCCUUGCAGCUGGCAUCUUGCAGAGGGGACACUCCAUCACCACAGCCCGCUUAUGGUCGCCGCCAAUGGCAACCUAGGGACUCCCGCGGUCAGCACCAGCAGCAGGUAACCGCCAGCCAGGCAUCGCCGGCCCCGGUCAACCGUGCUACCCUAUCCGUGCCACGCCCGCAGGAUUCGGUCACUACACCGAUUAUUCGGCUUUCUGCAGCAGAGAAAGCGGAAAAACGCCGCUUGAACCUGUGUUUCUACUGUCCGGAGAAGUGGGUCACGGGUCACGUUUGCAAAAGUCGAUUGUUGGCAUAUGUGGGUGUAUGCGAGGACGAGGAUGACCCUGUGGAGACGACGGAAGACGACAGUACGGAUGAGGUCAUCACAGCAGACCUUUCCCACUUAAUGGCUUUUGAGGGUGAUCGGCAAUCAAAGUCCUUAACCCUCUCGGGGACGAUUGACACGGAGCCAGUGGAGGUCCUGAUUGAUACCGGCAGCUCUCAUGACUUCUUACAUCCACGGGUGGCAGAGAAAUUGCGCCUUCCCCUGCCUGAAAUUCGACCUUUUCGGGUAUAUGUGGGGAACGGUGCCUCCUUAUUGUGUUCUCAUAUGUGCAAGGCCACGCGCUUAUCCCUGCAAGACACACCGUUCUCUAUUGAUCUACAUGUCCUCCCGAUUCAUGGCCCUGAUGUCAUCCUGGGCAUGGAGUGGUUGGAGUCUCUGGGCCGCGUGACGACGGACUUCGUUUCUAAAUCAGUUGAGUUUGUAAAGGAUGAUAAAUUGGUAGUCCUUUCGGGUGCAUUGCGGGCGCCGACCAUGCUGUCUUUAAACUCUUUCGCCACACUUAUGUCGCAUUCGUCAGCCUUUGAACUAUAUGAGCUGAUUCCGGCUCCACCAGACGCCGCAUCCGGGCAGCCGGCCACGGCAGUGGAAUUUCCCUCGGAUUUACCGCUGGCGAUCAGCGACGUUUUGGCCCUACAUCACGAGGUUUUUCGCCUUCCCGUCGGUCUACCACCGUCCAGACAGUUUGAUCAUCGUAUCCAUCUCAUGCCGCAAAGCAAGCCGAUUAAUGUACGACCAUACCGAUACCCUUACUUCCAGAAGAAUGAAAUCGAACGGCAGGUCAAGGAGAUGUUGGAUCAGGGGGUGAUUCAGCGGAGUAACAGCCCAUUCUCGUCACCGGUUCUUUUGGUUCGCAAGAAGGAUGGCACAUUCCGUUUUUGUAUCGAUUACAGGGCCUUGAACAAAGCCACGGUGCCCGACCACUUCCCGAUUCCAACGGCAGAUGAGUUGUUUGAUGAGUUGGGCGCAGCGCGAUUUUUCACCAAAUUGGACCUUCGUUCGGGCUACCAUCAGAUACGGAUGCAUGAGGCGGAUGCGUUUAAAACGGCAUUCCGAACACACGAUGGACAUUUUGAGUUCUUGGUAAUGCCUUUCGGCCUAACUAAUGCUCCAUCUACAUUUCAAUCUGCGAUGAACUGCAUCUUUCAACCGCUUUUGCGGAAGUCGGUAAUUGUAUUUUUUGAUGAUAUUCUCGUUUAUAGCCCGACCUUGGAAACCCAUUGUGACCACUUGGAUCAUGUUUUAUCUAUUCUGAAAUCUCGCCUGUUUUUUGUGAAGUUGUCUAAAUGCUCGUUUUGUAGCACCACUGUGGAUUAUUUGGGUCACCUGAUUUCGGAAGGGCAGCUGAAGGCAGAUCCUGCAAAGAUAGAAGCGAUGGUAGCGUGGCCUACGCCGGUCUCGGUGCGCCAGCUUCGUGGGUUUUUGGGUCUCACCGGCUACUAUCGUCGUUUCAUCGCACACUACGCGGUUAUAGCCGGCCCGCUGACCGAUCUCCUUAAAAAGGAGGCGUUCUCUUGGUCUCAGGCCGCGACGGAUAGCUUCGAGGCGCUCAAGCGUGCGAUGACGGCUGCCCCGGUUCUCCAUCUUCCGGAUUUUUCGCAGACCUUUGUCUUGGAGACCGAUGCAUCCGAUUUUGGCAUAGGUGCGGUUCUCAUGCAAAACGGGCACCCACUGGCAUUCUUCAGUAAGAAAUUGGGACCUCGUCGCCGGAGCGCUUCGACUUAUCAUAAGGAGUUGUAUGCGAUAGUCGAGGCAGUCCAGAAGUGGCGCCAGUAUCUACUGGGACGGGAAUUCGUUAUUAGAAGUGACUAG